GCUCGUGCAGUUCGAACUGUCAAAUAAACUUUAUGUGAAUGUGUCAGAAUGUCACCGCGUUUGUUGCUAGAUUUAAACGGUUUAUGUCAUACAGCGUCUUAAUAUUUCGCGACAGGUCAGUUGAAACAACAUUUGGACACUGUGUAGGUAUGUCGCUAAAGGCUCUGUGGAGGUUACAUCAGCCCUUGAAGACGACACAUGCUUAUGGAUUUACUCUUAGGACCUUAAAUGGAUUACAAAGUGUCACCAGAACCAAGUUAAACUACUCUACAUUGACAUUACACCACCACACAUAUAACUGUUCAACAUCAAGACUGCAAGAAUUACAGAGGCCACAUACAGGCCGUCAUUGUCACGCGCUAACUCCUUUAAAUUUAAUAUCCAAAACAUGGAGAACACAAAAGAGGCUGCAGUCCACAACUACCACCAUCAAAUCUAUCCUGAUACAAGGAGGUAUGCCUGGAAAAAGGACUUUAAAGGGACCAAGGACCAAACAGCCAUCACGAACCAAUCAGCCCAGACAGGAGGAGGAGGACUUGAUGCAGUGCAUUGCUUACGCAACUGCAGACCAGUACCACUUACCAACACUCUGUCAUGAUCUCAUCGCUCAUGGCUUUGUUGAAGUCAAUGAAUUACCCAGAGAUGCUUCCAAUGUGCUGGUGAUGGGAACAGAACACGUCGCAAAGCCAAGUGAUAGUGGCACAAUAUUUUUUUUCAGAGAAGGUUCGGUGGUGUUCUGGAAUGUUGAAGAGAAAACCGUCAAGACAGUGAUGAGGAUACUGGAGCAACAUGAAAUCCAACCUUAUGAAGUCGCUCUGGUCCACUGGGAAAACGAAGAGAUCAAUUACUCAGUAGGAGAGGGAAAUUCAAAACUCUAUCGUGGAAACUUCUUGUUUAAUGGAGAGCUGGAUUAUGAACAAGUGGUUUUGGAGAAGUUUGCAUUUUCCAAUGCUUUGUCUCUGUCAGUAAAGUUGGCAAUAUGGGAAACCUCUCUUGACAAAUUUGUCGAGUCCAUCCAGUCAAUUCCUGAGAUGCUUAAAUCUGGACAAAGAGUAAAACUGUCCAGGGCUGAAGUUAUGCAGAAAAUAGGAGAGCUCUUUUCCUUAAGGCACUGUAUAAACCUGAGUUCUGACCUGCUGAUCACACCUGACUUCUACUGGGACAGAGAAGAUCUUGAGCAACUCUAUGACAAGACCUGUCAGUUUCUGAACAUUAACAGAAGAGUCAAGGUUGUGAAUGAGAAGCUUCAGCAUUGCACUGAACUAACAGACCUGAUGAGAAACCAUCUCAGUGAAAAACACAGUCUCAGACUGGAGUGGAUGAUCGUUGUGCUUAUUGCCAUUGAGGUGAUGUUUGAACUUGCUCGUGUCAUUUUCUGAAGAGGACCCACAUGUGCAGUCUUAAACAACAACAAGAAUCUUUAUUUAUAAAGCACAUUUAACACAAUGAAAAUUGAUCCAAAGUGCUGUACAUAAUACAAAACAAUUACAAACUUCCAAAAGCUAAAGAGUAAAAAUAUGUUUUCAGAGUAGAUUUAAAAAUGAAGAGGAUAAAGUGACUCAAAUCUUUCUGUAAAAUCGACAAAUGGUUUUGUCUUCUGUAAAUGAAGUAAUAUUGAUGAUUAUUAAUGUGACAAUGAGACUUAAAGAGACUCAGAAAAUUAAAGUUCGUUUUUUAAAACGAUUCAGACAUAG